UCUACUUGAUCGUUCACCGAUCAAUUUUAAUUCUAACACAAAUCAUACCGUAUUUUUAAACCUAAAUCCGGCUAACCUGGCUUGUUGCCCAAUUUUUUAACACUAAAAGAGGAGCUAAAUUCCAAGCUGAUGUAGUAUGCACUAGUACGCGUGUACAUAUCGGAUAGGGACUGAGGAAGCACAUUAAUCGGCACGUGUCGGCAACAUGUUUGUGUUGAUGUAAAAGCCCGCACACGUGGGUUAUGCUUUGGGGACGGAAGCAAAUAACCUACUAUGGUAAAGCUUGACCUAAUCAUUAAACAAAGUACUACUCCAAAAUGUAAACAAGAUAAGAUUACUUAUAAUUAUCAUCUGGCCGGUGCUAAAUCAAACAUGACACGUCAAAGACAGAAUCCAAUACCAACUCCUCUUUCCCCACGUGUCCCCCAAUUCAAGGGAAGGACCAUUUACAUUUACAUAUUUCAUUGGUAGUUGAAACCAACCGCCCCAACCUCACUUUACUCUCUUUUAACCGUUUUUUUUGUUUCCUUCAAUCAUAUAUUAAAUCACCGCUCCCUCUUAGUAUUAAUCAUCUCAAACAAAAACAAACUAUGACCAAGUUGUGGACUUUGAUCACCCACCUUCAUUCCCUUGCUGGGCCGGUUUUGACGUUAUUGUACCCUUUGUAUGCAUCGGUGGUAGCAAUAGAGAGUCCGUCGAAGGUAGAUGACGAACAGUGGCUAGCUUAUUGGAUAAUCUAUUCCUUUCUCACCCUUGGGGAAAUGCUUCUUCAACCUGCUUUAGAGUGGAUACCGAUAUGGUAUGAUGUGAAGCUAUUGGUGGCGGCGUGGUUGGUUUUGCCGCAGUUUAAAGGAGCUGCUUACUUGUAUGAGAGGUUUGUGAGAGAUCAUAUACGGCACCACCGUGUCCACCACCGUACUGAGAACCAGCAGGUGCUGCAACAAGGCAACGAAAAGUCACCUACGGGAGGCAAAAACAAGAAGAAGUUUGUUGAUUUUAUUAUUCCUAAGAAAGGGGACCAGGAGGCUUAUUGAAUUCAGAUGGACGGUUGGAUUUUCACCUGCUUUACUUUUGAAGGUUGGAGUAAAUGUCAUAGAAAAUAGCACUGGUAUUGGAGACUGUAUAAAUAAAUAUAUACCACUAGCUUGUAACUCUUGAUGUAAUUGUGAGGACGUAUUAAUAUACGUAGGAGUGAUAGUAUUGUUUAAAUAACAUGUAUUUGUCUAGUA